AUGGAAAAGUUGGAGGCAUUGAAAAUGUCCUCCAUGAGGCGUACUAAUAUUCUGGAUAGGCCACUGUCAAAGGGGAAAUCAGAAGUAUCUCAAAGUAUUGUGGCCUUGUUGUUCAGCGAAAUUGUUCAGUAUUGUCAAAGCAAAGUGUAUACGGUGCCAGAACUGCAGAAUCGUCUACAUGAAUUGGGCCAGGAUGUGGGCACCCGUGUUAUUGAUCUCUAUUUUAUGCGAGAACGAAGUUCGAAAAGAGAAACCAAAUUGACGCAAAUGCUGCUGUUUGUCAAGACCACCGUGUGGAAGAAUCUAUUUGGCAAAGAAGCAGAAAAACUAGAACAUGCCAACGACGAUGAAAGGACCUACUAUAUCAUUGAGAAACAGCCAUUGGUGAACACCUAUAUUAGUGUGCCCAAAGACAAAGGAACACUGAAUUGUGCCAACUUCACAGCGGGAAUAGUGGAGGCUGUUUUAACACACUGUGGAUUUCCCUGCAAAGUGACAGCCCAUUGGCAUAAGGGUACCACCUAUAUGAUCAAAUUCGAAGAUUUUGUUAUAGCCCGUGACAAACAAUUAGAGGAGAAAUAAAUUAAUUAAAUAAAA